GAGAGAGAGAGAGAGAGAGAGAGAGAGAGAGAGAGAGAGAGAGUCGAUGUGAGGAGGGUUUGGUGGUGGAAACUUUACAGUAUCUACAGUAGAGAUCAACUGUAAGCGCUUCAUCUCGCGGUCGGGCUGUAUAUGGAGGAGACAGACAGCGGAUGAUCCAGCUUGUGUUUCUGAAAGUGGGCCGUCAUGUCCCAGAUGCUACACAUGGAGAUCCCAAACUUCGGCAGUACGGUGUUGGGCUCGCUGAACGAGCAGCGUUUGAACGGGCAGUACUGCGACGUCUCCAUCCUGGUGAAGGGUCAGACCUUCAAAGCCCACCGGGCCGUGCUGGCGGCCAGCAGUCUGUAUUUUCGUGACCUGUUUAACGGCAGCACCAAAGUCCAGUUCGAGCUCCCCUCGUCCGUCACGCCCGCCUGUUUCCAGCAGAUUCUCACUUUUUGCUACACGGGCAAACUGACCAUGGCGGCCAGCGAGCAGCUGGUGAUCAUGUACACCGCCGGUUAUCUUCAGAUUCAGCACAUUGUAGAGCGGGGCAUGGACCUCAUGUUUAAAGCCAACUCGCCCCACUGCGACUCGGCCACGGCUGCCAUGGACGAUCCGGGCUCGGAACCCCAGAGUCCCGGGAACAACCCCGCGUCCGUGCUGGGGCCGUUGGGCUGGUCUCCAGCGCUGUCUCGCAGAAUCAAGCUGGAGGGUUCGGAGCCGCAGCAGAAUCUCGUCGGGUCUAAAAGAUCCAUCAACGGCGACGGUGGCCGCUCGGCACGGGGCGGUCCGGUGUUUUACUCUGGAGCGACGGGCGUAUUUACACCGGCGUAUCCCGGAGAGCGUUCCAGUCCGGGAGCGUCCAGCCUUCCGACCACUGACAGUCCGACGUCGUACCAGAAUGAAGAUGAUGACUUUGAGGAAGAGUCGUUUGAUACAGAGGAGACCUACAGUCAGAUGUGUGCCCGCUCCAAUAACUCAUACAGCGGUACAGAGAAAUCAGACAUGGGAAUGAUGCCGCUGCAGCUGGAGAACCGUUCCUGUGUUCUGAUUCGUCGGGAUCUGGUGGCUCUUCCCGCCAGUCUCAUCAGUCAGAUCGGCUACAGAUGUCAUCCUAAACUCUACACAGAAGGCGACCCCGGAGAGAAACUAGAACUGGUGGGAGGUACUGGUGUGCUCAUGACAAGAGGACAGUUGAUGAAUUGUCAUCUGUGUGCUGGAAUCAAACACAAAGUUCUCCUCAGGCGACUCCUCGCAACAUUUUUCGACAGAAACACAUUAGCAAACAGUUGUGGGACGGGGAUUCGAUCUUCAACCAGUGACCCCAGCAGGAAACCUCUGGACAGUCGAGUCCUCAAUGCUGUCAAACUUUACUGUCAGAACUUUGCACCCAACUUUAAGGAGAGCGAGAUGAAUGUCAUCGCAGCAGACAUGUGUACGAACGCUCGGCGUGUACGGAAACGCUGGCUUCCCAAGAUCAAGUCCAUGCUGCCUGAUGGGAUGGAAGUGUAUCAUGGCUCAUCUGUGCCGGCGGGUGUGGCUUUGCCCAUCGGCGUUCAGGUGCCCUAUGAGUCUGACUUUAAGAACCUGCUGCCGUCAGCGCUGACUCUGGAGCAGCGGAUCUACGCCGAGCGCAAAGAUCAAAUGAGAACUCACUCGCUGCUGGACGCUGCUGAGGAGACCCUGAUGAGUCCUCAGACCAAAGAUGAGCCGGAGGAGGACGAGGAGGAGAUCAACGGCACAGAGGGGACUUUAGGAGCACCUCUUGACCUGCCCAGAGUCGAGGGCGGAGUCUGUGUGACCACACCCCCUGUGGGGCACCAGCAGGAGGAGGAGUUUGUGGAGGGUUUGAGAAUAAACGGGCAGUGAGUGGCCGGUUUCUCUCGGUAAAUAUCUGCCAUGUGAAUACUUACUGAAGGGAAUUCUGGGAAAUGAUCAGUGUAUUUGGAGAGACAAACAAACAUCGCUUAAGAGAAUAAUGCACUAAUGCAUGUGCUAUUACCUGUCAAACUAACGUUUCAACUAAACAACAGAAAUAAUGGAGAAAUGAUCUGAAGAACAGAAGUCUUGUGAUGAGACGGCACAGCGGGUGACCUUCAUGAUGAAACUCUUCAUGUUUCUGUUCUGUUCUCGAUAUCACUUUGGCACAAAUAUAGCACCAGAACGAAUCUGAUGAAAACAUGUCCAGGUCCAAGUGGCAUGUCCUAUUCAAACAAUUGUGCUUUUCAUGGUAAAGACAGAUGUAUGACAUCAACACGUGUAUGACAUCAGAUCAGACUGAUCACCAAUCCCUCUCAUGCUGAAACUGUAACUGCUGGACUGAGCGAGCGCUCGCUCACUUUAACCGCCUGCAGGUAAAAAUACACAAACAUAUAGCUGUAAUAAAAUCCACAUCCUUCCUCUGCCAAAUAAAAUGCAAACCUUCUACUGUUCGUGAUAAUAAAUAACUGUGAUUGGCUGUGUUGAGACAGAUGCUCAUUGUGAUGCUUUUAGUAUGUACUGUAGCAUCUGAGGCGUUUCCUCUUUCUGAUUGGUUGAUUCUGAUGAUGAUGACAAACAGCAUCACUGAGUAAUGUUGAGUUAUGUUGAUCCUUUUGGAGGGAACUCGCACUGCGUCGCCAUAGUGACACUUUGGGAACGCCUCUAGGCGGGGGGGGGGAUGCUUUGCAUGGGAGCCAGGAAAUAUAAAAGGCUACCUGAAAAAUGCCAUCUCUAUCUCAAAUAUUGCCGUAGACAGCGUAACAGGGAUGCAGGAAGUAUGGCAAGGGAGACGCAGCGUCUCGUUCCCUUCUCAAGGAAAAAUGGUUACAUACGUACAACACGAGAUGUUUUUUUCACAUACUUUACUCUGUGAUUUCUGUUUCUUCACUUACACAAAUGUGUAAACUUCCCAUUGUUAUAUUGAUCUGCUCUCUUAAAGCUUUAAAGGAACAGUAUGUAGGAUUGUGGCCAAAACUGGUAUUGCAAUCACAAAACUUGUGGCUAAAACUGGUACUGCAAUCACACAACUGGUUGCCAAUACACAACAUGACAACAUAAACAUCAGUUGAGGGCUGCAAAUCCACUUUUUAAAUGACAAUAUCCUGGCCAGACCACUGUUGUCAGUGAUAGAAGUAUUUGAAAUGAAAAUGAUUUCUUAAUGUGACAUAUCAGGGCCAUUUUAUGAUUCAUUGAUAUAAAUUUCUUACAUACUGUUCCUUUAAAUAAGUGUCCUACCAUACCAUUAAAGGUGCAGUGUGUAACUUUUAGAAGGAUCUCUUGACAGAAACUAUAUUAUCAGCGGUGUAUAAAGAAGACCUUACAUAAUGAACUGUAUUUUUUUAUUACCUUAGCCGUUUUUAUCUCCAUACACCUCGGGUCCCCUUACUGGAAGUUGUCGUUUCUACAGUAGCCCUGAACGGACAAACUGCUCUACAGAGCGUGUUUAGUCCCUACAUUGACUCAGAUGACAAUGUGUUUGUCCUGUGGCAGCUACCGUAUGCGUUUUGAAAUUGAGGGGUGAGCUGUAUGUUACAUUUCACAAUCUCACCACUAAAUGUCGCUACAAUUUACACACACCACCUUUAAACUACAGUGUAACUUUACAUGAAUCUCACAAAAACAUGUUUCAAGAGUUUUUACCGUUUCUUAUGUACUAAAAGAGAAAACAUCAAUAAUAAUCAUCUAUACAACAAACACUAUGACUUAUAUUUCACAGUGAUAAUAUUGAACAUUAGGUGAUGACAAAUGACAAAAUAACAAAAAUAAUAUAUGAGAAUGAAUUUGUUGAUAUUAAAUGAGUUUACUGUAGUAAUACAGAGUCCAAAUCUUCAGAAAGAUUGGGUCAAAGUCUAACAGUGUUUUACAGAAGUUACAUUUCAUUGAUGAUAUGAUAUGAAUGAUAUUUAUUUGCACUAUUGUUCCCUUUAUGUCAUGUGUUUGUGAUAUUAUUAUUAUUAGAGUUGGAUUUGAUCAAAUGGAGGUUAUUGUGUUGCACUAGGACAAGUUUGUCAGUGUUAUGAAUAUUUACUUUAACACUUCAAUUCUUGACAAAACUUAACAUGAUAAAACAACUACAAAACAACACUAGACGACACAGAAAUGAAUGUUUUCGGCUUCAAAAAGAAUUUUUAAGGACCUAAUAUGUCCACUUCAGAAAUCCCCAGUAAUAUACACGACUGUCUGUUUUUAUAUUAAACCCUAAAACCCAAUCAGAAGUUCAUCUCAAAUGUGUUUUCAGCCAAAUACAGUGAUGGGAAAUAUUACAGAAGAGAAUAGAUUCAUGUCAAAUAGGAUUAUUCGUAUUUGAGGUUGAAAAUGUAUUGUGCCUUAUUGUGAAGAGUGGAUUACUGUAAUCACUACAGAUUAUGAGAAAAACUUGAUUAUGGAUCAUUUGUGCAGACGGUGUAAGAAAUUAUGCAAAAUGUUUUAUGCAGUUUGCUUUCUGUUUUAGUUCAACUGUUUGUUUUUUGUAAACAUCAUGAUGAGAACAAAAAGUUUAAAGGGGACAUAUCAUGAAAAUCUGACUUUUUCCAUGUUUAAGUGCUAUAAAUGGGUCCCCAGUGCUUCUAUCAACCUAGAAAAUGUGAAAAAGAUCAACCCAGUAACUUUGUUUUGGUAAACCAUUCUCUGCACGCAUGUGAAAAAAUAGCUCAUUGAAAUUUGGCUCCCCUUGUGAUGUCAGAAGGGGAUCUUAUUAUAAUAAUACCGCCCCUUAAUCUGCAUUAUCCAACCACGGCACUGACAUUUAAUGCAGAGAGAGAAAAUAAUUGACAGCACAAUUGAGUUUCAAUUUCCACAAACCACCAUAAUGGUAAUCAGUGUUUGCAUUUUCAGCAACUUAUUUGCAUUUUAAAGGACACACCCAUAAACAGCACUUUUUGCUCACACCUACAAAGUGUCAAUUUUAGGUAUUUUGAGGUAAAACUUCACACAUGUAUUCUGGGGACACCAAAGAUUUAUUUGACAUUUUAAAGUCUGGUGAAAUGUCCCAUUUAAAGAAGACUUUGUAUGAUUCAUGUUGUUUUAUUUAACAUUUAUUUCGAGCAAUAGUAAUAAAGUAGACUGUUAUAAAUAAUCAGUCAGUAACACCCAGAUCAGUUUUAACUGGCAUCAUUACCCAGAAUCCUCUGUUUUCUUUAUGUUUGAACUGAAUUCUUACUGAAUGUUGCACUAUACUGUAGAUAUACUGAGGAUCUCAGAGACCUGUCGAGUCCAAAGCUGUUUAUUACAGCAGAAAUAUCUAACCUGUUAACUUGUACAGUAGAUUGAUGUGUUUAUUAUAGAUGUUAAGGCCUUGUGUUAUGCAAAUAACAGAACAUUGCUUUUGCACAAUGGUGAAAUAUUGCGUCUGUAAAAGAGAGAGAGAGAGACGAAUAUGUUUUUUGUCAGGCCCUGGCUGAUCUGGGGUCUGUUUAUGUAUCUUUAAGAAAACCAAAUUCUGUAUCUAAAUAUCAAAUGCAAACCUCUGUCAACCUGACGUAUUAAUAACUCAUCAUUUCCAUUACUGAUCACACUAAUGAUCAUUGAAUGUCUUGUCAAGAAAUCACAACGACUACAUGUUCAUAGGCUGAACCUCAUGAAGAAGGUCAAAGGUCAUAUUUUACUGCAAAUUCCUAAACAAUUAUAAUUUAGAAAAAUUAAGCCUAUUUGCUCCAUUAAAAUAAUUAAAUUUACAGUAUUAGAAUUGACAAUAGAAGAAAAAAAUGUAUUGGUCUUCUUUCUUUUUUUAUUUUUUGCAGUAAAAUGUGAUCUGGCUGAGGUUUAUGAGACAUCCAGCACAAUAUAUCUAUUAAAGCUUGACAUUGUAGUGUAAUUUCAUAUUCUUCAGAUGCUGUGCAACCAAACCAUGAUUGAGAUUAUUCUGCACACGCCUGUAACUGCAUGCUGACUUCUCUAUAACACGUGCGAUUCAAUGAACAACUCCUGUAGGGAAGAUGAACUCGUGUGCACUACGUUCAUGUGAUGUUUCUUGUAUAUAAUAGCAGCACUUUAAAGGCCUCACAGUUUGUGUGCAGGUUGCUUUAUUAAGAGUCUUUAAAGCCACGAGCUCAGCACAGACAAUCAGAAGUAAGGCAUGUUUUCAAACGCUCGCCGUAUUGCAGCUUGGCUUUCUCUCUGUCGCCUGAGCUAUAAAGUGUUUUAUUGUUUUAUCAUUAAUAUCUGACUGAAUUCAUGUGGAGGCCACGACUCUAACACGUGACUGAUAUUUUAUUCAAGCUUUGGUCUGCUUUUUUAUAACACAACACACAUAACUGAACUCUUUAUAUGCUUCUCUAUUAUUGAAAUCAAAUCUCAUCAAUGUCAUUGUUAGAAAUCAAAUUUUUCUCAUUCUGGGUUUAUUUCAGUUCUUGCACUGACAUUGUGUUUGUGUGUAAAGCUGAUUUCUUUUGAAAUGUCUGCUUUUUAAUAAAAUUCAAUAUUUCACAUGA